AAAAAUUUUCAUGAAAAUUUUCCGUAAUUUGAGAAAGACCCAUAUAUCCACAUCCAUCUAUAUUUCUUUUUAUUUUCUGAGGGAAAUCGUAACGCUGGAACACCCUUUAUGUUAUAUUAUGUAAACAACACCUAUAUUAAUUUUACUAGUGCAAUUAAUGCAUUAUAUUGUCUUAUUCAUUUUGAUACAGAGUAUUGAUAAUUAUUAAUUUACAAUAAUUAUAAUUUACAGGUCGAAAAUGUUGAUUGUUAUUUCAGCUGUGGGUGCAGUAUGUUUGAUCUUUGUCCUUGUAUUAAUUUAUUUGAUAAAGCAACACCGAUACUGGAGAAACCAUGGAAUACCCGGUCCUAAGCCAACCCUGGUCCUGGGCAACAUGGGCGACCUGUAUUACCACAAGACCUCAGAGCUUCACUUAAUCGACAAUUGGUACCAAGAGUUCAAAAAUGAACCUUACAUCGGCUACUACAAUUUGUGGAAGCCUACGCUUCUCGUAAUGGAUCCUCAACUUAUCAAGGCGUUGAUCGAAGCCGAUUUCGACCACUUUACGGACCGUCCUAUGAAUUGUGGAAAUUCAAAGAAUGACGCCAUCAUGCAUUCUAUAUUUAACAUGAGAGGGACCUUAUGGAAGUUGAAACGACACAUCUUUUCGACACUUUUUUCACCAAAGAAGUUGAAAGAAUACUCCGAAGUCCUGAAUCAUUACGGAUCUUCUUUGUUAGGAGAGAUAGAUUCCUAUUCGGAACGUUGUGAAGAGAUCCCAUUUGAACAGAUUGCGAAAAGGCAUGUGGUCAGAACUCAGAGCUAUAUCAUGUACAGCCUCGAUCCGUCUCAGGACUUAUUCAGGAAAUAUUCUCGAAACUGUCCCAUCUCUCUGAGUUAUUUGAACGCCCUCCGACCAACACGACACUCAAGUUCACAUUUUUUACGGCAGCUCCUCGUCUGUUCAAGUUUCUGGGAAUAAGCACGUACCCUCGGGAGCUCUGGGACUUCUUUUCCAAAUUCACCAAACAAUUGAUAGAGUCAAGAAACGGAGCGAAUGUUGGCCGUGACGAUUUGGUGUCUCUUGUGGCACAAUUGCAGAAGGAAGAAGUUCUUGGGACUGACAGAAUAGGACUUCGUGAAUCUGUGGGACAUAUUUUCACCUUCUUCGCUACAGGUAUUAAUUCAAAUUUAACAGCUUUGACUUACACCGUAUUUCAGUUGAGUCGACAUCCUGAAGUUCAAGAAAAACUUCGUAAUGAAGUAGACAAUGUUUUAUCCGGAAAUGAUUAUGUCUCAUAUGAUAGUGUAAUGAAGAUGAAAUAUUUAGAAGAUGUUAUCAAAGAAACUUUAAGGAUGUUUCCCCUAGGAGGAAUUAUUUUAGGAGCAGGAAUAUUGAAAAGAACUUGCACUAUCCCAUACAAAAUUAAUGAAAAAUUUACUAUUCCUAAGGGUAUGGAUGUUGUGUUCCCUAGUUAUUCUGUUCACAUGGACCCCAAUUAUUUUCCAGCCCCUGAGGAAUUCAUACCAGAAAGAUUUUCAGAUUCAGCAAAAUCAUCACCAAUUUUUAUGCCUUUUGGCAAAGGACCAAGAACAUGUAUAGGUAAAAGACUGGCUUAUGUAUCAUUAAAGAUAGCUUUAGCUCAAAUAAUUUCCAAUUACACAAUUCUGCCAACUCCUAAUACUGAUUUUCCUGUGAAAUUUAACCCAAGAAGUGUCAUCAUAGCAUCCAGACCUCUGCAGAGACUCAAAGUAAAGAUGCAAAAGAGACAAAAGCCAUCUUUUUCAAACCAAUAA